AUGCUCUGGGACGUGGUGAGACUCCCGUCGGACGACGCCAUGUCCUGGUGCUCGAGCUCGACGGCCUCGGAGGAUGCGUUCGACAACUACGUGCCCCAAGCGCUGGUCGAUGUGGAUCAAAGUGCUCCAUGCCAGUUUGCAAGCAUGGAGUGCAUCAGGAACUCCAACUUCACCGUGCUGGCAGACAUCGGCUUCUUCUCGCCCGAGGGAUCAAGCUCCCCGAGUGAAGUCUCCUCGCCACCGCUCAAAGGCUCUUCCCCUCACCAGGGCCUGUCGAUGAUGUUCGAGAAGAUCUUUCCCAUCUCCACCUUGCAGAUCAUGCGAAGAAUAUCCAACCCUCCGACCUCCUUCGCCUCUCCUUCCGGCGGCGGGCAGGGGCGUGACGCGCUGAAGGGGGAACUCUAUGACGAGAAAGGGAUCAUCAGCGAGUCAGUCUUGUACUAUAUCAUCCAUGGCAGCCGGAGCAAGGAGGAGGCUGAUCGAGGGAUGGUGGAGAAGCAGGGUACAAGAGGCGAUCUAGAGGGAGCUGGGCUGGAGCUGGGCAAGGAGGAGACUAAGGAGUGUGGCAAGGGGAAGGCGAUAAGGCGAAAUCCCAGUCAGCAGCACGAUUCUGUUCUGGAGAAGAGCAGGAUUGCACAGCAGCAGCAGCAGCAGCAGCCGAAGGCUGUCAUCCCCGACGUAGGAGCGCGUGUCAACCCAGUGGCCAUCGCCUCUUGCCCUCUGGUCGAGAAGCCGAAGGACAACAGCAGGUCGCUUCCUUCUCACCCUCGUGCUGCCCCCCGGCGCUGUGUUGGAGUUGCCUCGCACAUCUACAUCUCCCAGCCUGCUCACCGGCCGAGCAUCGUCCCUCCUCUCAGCCUCUCGCGGGUACAGACAGAAGGAUGUUGA